GUACCCAACAAUACAACCACCAAAUCCGCCCCUACAGAUGUGGAGACAAAAACAAAAUGAAGAUGACGUGGAUGUUCAGAGUGACAACUCAUAUACUCGCUAUUUUGCCGGAGUCAGGGCCGAAGCGCGGAAAGAGUCUUACACAAGGGACAUCCAAUGGGACUCCUCAGUGGACGCUCUAUGUUCGUGUUGUGCAAUGGUGAAAAGGCGUACGCCUGCUCGCAGACCGUCAUCUGCCCCCAUUGGUCAACAGAGGAGCCAACUAUCCGCAAAAAAACAGAAGAGCCAACUACAACAAAUAGCUGGAGUAGCUCUCGACAUCGAAGAGGCAGCAGAGACUGUUCUUCAGAACACAGAGGCUUGCAUUGAGAUUGAUAAACGUGUUAGUACAGUCAGUGCCCUCCUAUCGAAGCUCGAGAACACAGAUAUGGUGGAGGAACAAGCGAUGAAAGAUGCCCUAAAUAAGCUCCUUGAGAUCUUCCGUCAUGCCCACGCACUCGUCAUGGCUUGCCAGAAAAGCGGCCUUGUCACCAUGCUCUUCUGCAACCCGCCAUGCAUACUGUCCAAACAGCUAAGUGAAGUAUUGGAUCAAUUGGUGCCUAACAUCAACGCUUUGAUUGCAGUCAUUCUCAACAGCUGCAACGUCCGUGCCCGCAGGUACUACCAGUGGUGCCAUUUGUUAAUACAAGUACAGAAUAGCCAGUGUCCUGUGGUUGAAGGGACUAGACAUCAACCAAAAACAAGCAGAACGUAG